AUGGCUCUGGCCGUCUCGGCACCCGGCAAGGUCCUCCUUGCAGGCGGAUACCUCGUCCUCGAUCGCAACUACACCGGUCUCGUCUUCGGCCUCAGCGCCCGCAUCAACGUCAUCUCCCAGGACAUCCAAGCCAGCCCAGGCGUCCACAUCAACGAGAUCAUCGUCAAGAGCCCUCAGUUCCUGAAGGCCGAAUGGCGCUACGGCUACCACCUGACCCAGGAGGACGGCGGGAUCAAGACGAUCCAGCUGCAGGGAGGCGUCUCCUCCUCGGCCAAGGGCAACCCGUUCGUCGAGACCACGCUCAACUACGUGCUCACCUACAUCACCCGCCGCGCCGCCUACGGGACCACCAAGACCUUGAAGCCCGUCACCCUCACCAUCCUCGCCGACAACGACUACUACAGCUCGCCCACCAGCAGCAGCGCCGGCAUUAAAGGCAGCGGCAGCGGCAACCGCUUCGCCGGCUACUCCACCACCCUGGAAGACGCGCACAAGACGGGCCUUGGCUCCUCCGCCGCUCUCGUCACCGCCCUGACCGCUUCGCUGCUCUCGCAUUACCUAGACUCUUCCCUUUUCAACCUCGCCACCGACGAAGGUAAGCGCAUCCUGCACAACCUCGCGCAGGCGGCGCACUGCGCUGCUCAGGGUAAAGUUGGCAGCGGCUUCGACGUGGCCGCCGCCGUUUACGGAUCCAGCCACUACCGCCGCUUUUCGCCCUCCAUCCUCUCCUCGUUGCCGGAGGCUGGCAAGCCCGGGUUCAGCGCCAAGCUGUUCAGUGUCGUCAACGGCAAGGAUGCUGAGUCCACAUGGGAUACCGAGGUCGUGAAGGACGCCGUCAGUCUGCCCAAGGGCGUGGCGGUGCGCAUGUGCGACGUCGACUGCGGCAGCCAGACGGUCGGCAUGGUCAAGCAGGUGCUCGCCUGGCGGGCGGCCCAGCCUCAGGAGGCCAAGGAGUUGUGGGAUGAGUUGCAGCGAAGGAACGAGAAGCUGGCGAGCGUGUUGAAGGAGGGCAAGACGGAGGAGAUCAGGCCGGCGGUGCACGCGAUUCGUGAGCUGGUGAGGAAGAUGGGCAAGGAAAGCGGGGUGCCAAUCGAGCCGGAUAGUCAGAAGGAGUUGUUGGAUGCGCUGGAGGAAGGGGUGGAAGGGGUGUAUGGUGGUGUGGUACCUGGUGCGGGAGGGUAUGAUGCGCUGGCGUUGCUGGUGAAGGAUGAUGAGGAGACGACGAGGAGGUUGGAGGAGUUUUUGCAGGGGUGGAGUGCGAAGAAGGGUGGGAAGGUUAAGCUGAUGGAGGUUAGUGGGGAGAUGGAAGGCGCGAGGAAGGAAAAUUUGCUCAAGUAUCAGGGGUGGGUUUAG